GAAAAAUGGCGUCAUCAGCUGAUCUUCUCGAGCUCGUCAAGCACAAAGGCCCCCUUCUAGCAUUAGCGGGUGUUAGUGCACACCUGUUCUACUGGGUCCAUGGCGAGCGUGGGAACAAGGCAGCUCGUCUCUGCCUGUACUCUACAUUUGUUGUGAAUACUGCAGUCCUGCUGACCACAAUCCACAAUCAAGGAUCAUGGUUGAGCAGCAGUGCCUGGCUCUUCGGUAUCGGCACCGUUUCUGUGCUGAAUGUCUGCUUCUACAUACCCCUUUUUACAUCAGUUCUCAUCUAUAGGGCCUUCUUCCACCGUCUGCACAAAUUCCCAGGCCCGUUUUCUCUCAAAUUGUCCAAGUUCGUGGCCGCAUACCAGAAUGUCGAAAACGACCGCGACUUUGAACGCGUCUGGAACCUGCACAAGCAGUACGGAGAUAUUGUCCGCACGGGUCCCCAAGAACUAAGCGUUCUGUCUGCCGAAUCCAUCGAUGCAAUCUAUGGUCCCUCUAGUCGAUGCACACGUGCCCCGUGGUAUGAUCGUCUCAAAGGCUCUGGUGAUUUGACAGACGAUUAUGCUGUUUUCCACAUGCGCGAUCCAGCUGCUCACUCGCAACGGCGGAAGGCUCUUUGGGAUAAGGCAUUUAAUAUUAGAGCAUUGAAAGCCUACCAACCAAUGGUCAUCCAAACAACAGACAAAUUCCUAGACGCUCUAAGCAAUCGCAUCGGCCAGACCCUCUCCGGCCCAGAUACCAUGCAACUCGUCAGUUACGAUCUCAUGGGGGUAAUUGGCUGGGGUCACUCUUUCAACAAUAUCGAGAACUGGAAACUCAACCCGAAUCUGCAUUUCGUCAAAGCCGUCACCGCGGGCCAGCAAAUCAUCGCCCAAAUGCCCUGGCUCAUGAGUCUGCUGAUUAGUCUGCCUGGGGCUGAUGGUCCUCUUCGUCCUUAUGGAACCUGGAUCCAGGAUCGCAUUCAAGAGAAACGGCAGCAGCCAGGGGAAGAAUCUGAUGCGAUGAGUAGAAUGCUCCCUUCGAUGCUCAAAUUAUCCAAGGCUGCAUUGUACAGCGAGGGCGAGUUACUCGUCAUCGCUGGGGGCGACACAACCUCCACAACAAUGACAACAGUCAUCUUCCACCUCGCCCGUAACCCUACCCUCCAACGCAAACUCCAAACCGAACUAGACACCAUUACCACCGACGAAGAAGAAUACUACCGCUCCAUCUCCACCCUCCCCUACCUCAACGCCUGCAUCACCGAAGCCCUCCGCAUCCAACCCCCCGUGCAGGGGGGAAUCCCCCGUCUCACUCCCCCAGAGGGAAUUCAUCUCCCCACGGCAAAAAACACCAGCACAUUCAUCCCGGGAAACACAAUCAUCAGUGUCCCUGUGCUCCCUGUCCAGCGCGAUCCACGAUACUAUCACCACCCAGACGAAUUCAUUCCCGAGCGCUGGACGGACGAGAAACCCGAGUGGACGAUCAACAGACAUGCGUUUUUGCCGUUUGCGGGCGGCGCGUAUACGUGUGUUGGGAAAGGGUUGGCGUAUAUAGAAAUGAGGGUUGUUUUGGCGAGGUUGUUUAAGAGGUUUGAGGUGAAGUUGGCGGAGGGGGAGGAUGGGGAGAGGUUUUUGAAUGAGACGAGGGAUUGUCAUGUUGCGCAUUUGGGGGAUUUUGGGGUUGUGUUUAGUUCUAGGGGGGGGUCGGCAUGGGGGGUUAUAUUGAACGAAGUACAAAUGCAACUUCUCUACCAUCUUGCUGUUUAA